AUGACGCACUCUUUGCAAGAGGGAGGGAUUCUGAUUUCAUUGGUCCUCAACUCGCGGUUCAGACUAUUCAUUCAGGAUAGUGUUGGGCAGGUCAGUUCUGAAGGAUUCAUUCAGGAUAGAGUUGGCCUGAGGUUAGUUGGUGAAAGAUUCAUUCAGGAUAGAGUUGGCCUGAGGUCAGUUGGUGAAGGAUUCAUUCAGGAUAGAGUUGGCCUGAGGUUAGUUGGUGAAGGAUUCAUUCAGGAUAGAGUUGGCCUGAGGUUAGUUGGUGAAGGAUUCAUUCAGGAUAGAGUUGGCCUGCUUGGGAGCAGGUUAGUUGGUGAAGGAUUCAUUCAGGAUAGAGUUGGCCUGAGGUUAGUUGGUGAAGGAUUCAUUCAGGAUAGAGUUGGCCUGAGGUUAGUUGGUGAAGGAUUCAUUCAGGAUAGAGUUGGCCUGCUUGGGAGCAGGUUAGUUGGUGAAGGAUUCAUUCAGGAUAGAGUUGGCCUGAGGUUAGUUGGUGAAGGAUUCAUUCAGGAUAGAGUUGGCCUGAGGUUAGUUGGUGAAGGAUUCAUUCAGGAUAGAGUUGGCCUGAGGUUAGUUGGUGAAGGAUUCAUUCAGGAUAGAGUUGGCCUGAGGUCAGCUGGUAAAGGAUUCAUUCAGGAUAGAGUUGGCCUGAGGUCAGUUGGUGAAGGAUUCAUUCAGGAUAGAGUUGGCCUGACAUCAGUUGGUGAAGGAUUCAUUCAGGAUAGAGUUGGCCUGAGGUCAGUUGGUGAAGGAUUCAUUCAGGAUAGAGUUGGCCUGAGGUCAGUUGGUGAAGGAUUCAUUCAGGAUAGAGUUGGCCUGAGGUUAGUUGGUGAAGGAUUCAUUCAGGAUAGAGUUGGCCUGAGGUCAGUUGGUGAAGGAUUCAUUCAGGAUAGAGUUGGCCUGAGGUUAGUUGGUGAAAGAUUCAUUCAGGAUAGAGUUGGCCUGAGGUUAGUUGGUGAAGGAUUCAUUCAGGAUAGAGUUGGCCUGAGGUUAGUUGGUGAAGGAUUCAUUCAGGAUAGAGUUGGCCUGAGGUCAGUUGGUGAAGGAUUCAUUCAGUAUAGAGUUGGCCUGAGGUUAGUUGGUGAAAGAUUCAUUCAGGAUAGAGUUGGCCUGAGGUUAGUUGGUGAAGGAUUCAUUCAGGAUAGAGUUGGCCUGAGGUUAGUUGGUGAAGGAUUCGCUGCCAUAGAAAUGUAACUGACUAAAAGGUGAGCCACAUUCAUAUGACUUUUAAAUCCUUUUCAAACCAGCUCCAUGCAGCCUGGUCCAGGUCUCAGAAUAAGUUGUGUAGUAUUUAGUAGUAUUUAUUGGGAUCCUCAAUUAGCCCCACUUUCUGGGGUCAAAACAGGAAAUAAAACACAACAAAUAAAAUACAUGAUAUCCAUAAAAUAUACAUAACACUACAUACUCUCCUGCCUCUGCCUCACGCUUCAGAAACAGGAGAUCUGUCCUAUGAGCCGUUCUGGUUUGUUCAGACCAAGGCUUGUGGAAGGCUACUUACCGACAUACAGUGCAUUCGCUAAGUAUUCAGACCACUUGACUUACCCCACAUUUUGUUACACUACAGCUUUAUUCUAAAAUAGAUUAAACGAAUUUAAAACAUCCUCAUCAAUCUACACACAAUCUACACACCAUAAUGACGAAGCAAAAACAGGUUUUCAGAAAUGUUUGCAAAUAUAUUAAAAAUUAAAACAGAGACCCUUUGCUAGGAGACUCGAAAUUGAGCUCAGGUGCAUCCUGUUUCCAUUGAUCAUCCUUGAUGUUUCUUCAUCUUGAUUGGAGUCCACCUGUGGUAAAUGUAAUUGAUUGGACAUGAUUUGGAAAGGCACACACCUGACUAUAUAAGGUCCCACAGUUGACAGUGCAUGUCAGAGCAAAAACCAAGCCAUGAGGUCGAAGGAAUUGUCCUUAGAGCUCAGAGACAGGACUGUGUCACGACACAGAUA